ACCACAACAGGGCGGAAAAAUGGGACAUUUUGAUGAGCCAUCAUUAAAUGUGCGUGUGUAAAUUAAAGUACACUCUGGUCACUUGACGUGCCUGAAAUUCAUUUCGCUCCGCUCGCUUCAAAGCAUACAAUUACACUGCCGCAUCCCUUGCAUAUUUUGUCCUUCUUUCCCAAACUUUCAAUCGCUUACCUGAAGGAGUUAAAAGUAACUCGACUCCCCUUAUCGUCCUGCUCUUCAGGGGAGGGAAUUGAAUAUAAAACCCCGGCGACUGCUGGCGCGGUGCUUUGACGCUCGCCAGGUGUUUUGUGGAGACGGAGGACGAAGCGGAACGGACAAGGAAAAUGAAGGUGUUCUGUUUCCUGCUCAUCUCCUACCUAAUGCCAUCAUUGGUGUAUAGUGUUCCAAAGGUGAAAAGACAGACAGAUUAUUGGGGCCCUUGGGGAGAGUGGAGUGAAUGUAGCCGGACCUGUGGCAGAGGGAUAAUUGUUAGCCAAAGGCACUGUUACUCCCAAAGGACAGAUGGAGGGUCGAGCUGUGUGGGUCCUGCCAGAAACUUUCGCACCUGCAACAUUCAGGACUGCCCUGAGGGCUCUCGGGAUUUUCGUGAGGAGCAAUGCUCCAAAUAUGAUGGAGUUAAUUUUCAGGGUAAACAUUACAAGUGGCUGCCAUAUUAUGGAGCACCAAACAAAUGUGAACUGAAUUGCAUCCCCAAAGGAGAAAACUUCUACUACCGCCACAGGGAAGCAGCGUUAGAUGGGACGCCAUGUGAACCUGGCAAGCGAGACAUUUGUGUGGAGGGAGUGUGCAAGCAACUUGGUUGUGACAACAUGUUGGAUUCAAAUCAGAAAGAAGAUCAGUGUUUAGAGUGUGGUGGGGUUGGAAAGUCCUGCUAUCCAGUUCAAGGGACUUUUGAGGUGGCAGACCUCCCUAAAGGUUAUAAUCAGAUGUUUAUCAUUCCUGUUGGUGCUAUGAGCAUCCGAAUUCGAGAAGUGGUCCCUACAAGAAAUUUUCUGGCUAUAAAAAAUGUCCGAGGGGAGUACUACCUGAAUGGGCACUGGGUCAUUGAUUUUCCUCGUGCUGCACAUAUAGCUGGCACAGUCCUGCACUACGAGAGGGGAGCUGAGGGAGACCUGGCACCAGAAACUAUCUGGGGAAGGGGACCCACUACGGAGCCACUUGCUGUGGAGCUCAUCAGCCAGGAGCCAAAUAAGAAGGUUGAAUAUGAAUAUUACUUACCGCUACAGAGUCAGCGUCAAGGGUAUUUCUGGAGCUUUGGGUCCUGGUCUGAGUGCAGUAAAGAGUGUGGGGCAGGAUACCAAGCGCGUCUAGUUUUCUGCACCAUUGACAAUGAGGCGUACCCCGAUUACUUGUGUGCACACCUUUCCCGACCUGCUAGUAACAGAACUUGCAAUGUUCAGGCCUGUCCUCAAACUCGACGGAUGGCCUACCUCUACCUGCCACAGGUAUGGAAACAGCAUCGACACCAGCGCUCAGGGGUGUACAGUUGGAAGACUGGCGAGUGGAGUGCAUGCUCUGCUUCAUGUGAUGGAGGUACUCAGACACGCACUGUAUUUUGUCUCAUUCAUGACACAUCUGGGUCCAGAGUAGUAGAGGAUGCACAGUGCCAGGCUUUUUCUUCCAGGCCACACACUCAGCAGGCCUGCAACUUUCGCCAGUGUGCAACUUGGAGUGUUGGUGAAUGGUCAGAGUGCUCAGUGACGUGUGGUGAAGGCGAGCAAACCCGGCCAGUAGUUUGUACUUCAAGCCAGGGCUCCCGUAUUCAAGAUUUUGCUUGUUUAUCGUUACACAAACCGGCAGUCACACAGAUCUGCGAAAGACAGGCUUGUACAACUGAGAUUAGCUGGCAUAUUGGCGACUGGGGCCUGUGUUCAAAGAGCUGUAGCUCAGGUCUUAGGGAACGUCAGGUGAUCUGUGCUGACCGGGAUAGAAAUUUCUACAGCUCGGAGCUGUGUUCUGACGUCGAGCGUCCUCCUACUGUGGAAACCUGCAAUACCCAGCCCUGUUACUUAUCACAGCAGGUGCCUAGUAUGCCAGACCCUCGUGGCUAUGACAACACCCGUCAUGGAAUCUUGGUCCCUUAUAUCCCACGUGAAUCUUCCACAGGGUACAGGAGAACAGAACGCAGGGAAUCUGUGGGGGGAACGACAGUCGAAGAGGAACGAGGAAGGAACAACUUACCUUAUAGGUGGGAUUACCAUCAGCAAUCCCGUCAAGACUCUUCUCUGAACCCUGAUCGUGGCUGCAUCCAUUCUCAACAUGGCUGUUGCCCAGAUGGUCUCACACCGGCACGAGGGCCUCAGUGGUGGGGCUGCCCAGGUUACAACUGCGCACAGACCAGGUAUGGAUGUUGUCCAGAUGGUCAUACAGCAGCAGAAGGUCCAAACCAAGCUGGGUGUCAUCGAUACGCUGGUGACAGUAACAAUGGAGGCACCAGACCAUCGUCAAACACUGAUCCUCCUUCUCAUUCUCAGACUCGGAGGACCCCAUCAGAUGUGUGUCGAUCUGCACCAUUUGGUUGCUGCUUUGAUAAUGAUGUGCCUGCCGCUGGCCCAAAUGGAGAGGGUUGUCAUCAGCAGCCCAGUUACCCGUAUCCUCUUCACUGUCUUCUUCCCAGUGCCAAUGGCCCAUGUGCGGAUUGGACUAUUCGCUGGUACUUCAUUCCAUCAACUGGUGGUUGUAACCGCUUUUGGUACGGAGGCUGCCAAGGCAAUCGCAACAAUUUCCAGUCAGAGAAAUCUUGUCUGAAGGAAUGUAAACCGCAAGGAGAAAAUGUCGGGUUGGACUAUGGAAGCCAUUUCACAAGGCAGUUGCAUCCAGUAGCAGGAAGGGGACAAGACAUCAUGGCUCAGACUGUCAACUUAGGAAAGGGUGUUUCAUCUGAUCGCAGCCAGCAAAGGCUAGCAGUGCAAGGUGGGCAGGAAACUCCAAGGGGAGACACCUGGACAGUGCCUCGUGACGAAUAUGCACCCAGCAGUACCAGUCCAGUAAACUCUCAAAAUAAUCACAAAGUUUUAACAGUUUAUCACAGAGGGGAUCCACUGUUGACCAUUGAAAAGAAUCUGGAUUCUCGAGUAUCAAGUUAUGCUAAUGGCAAAGGGCAAACUGAAGUGUCCUUGGCUUCCAAAGGACAAAGUAUGGGAGUGGAUGGUAAUAACAACAGGAGGUUUUAUGACAGAGAGUCACGGGUGAAUUUUGUGAAGGGUCAACACAGACUUAUACAUGGUGGGUCACAGAAAACACCCUCCCCUAUGAAUUCUAACCAUGGGUCAAAAAUAACCGAUGUUCUCAGUACUAGUCAGUUCCCUUUUGACCAAGAUAAUCACAGAGUUUCAAGUAAAUCUGAACACAUAAUCCACACUUCAGAGAGCAUUAACCCUGAAACAGUUAACGUCAGAUACCCUACUGAUGUAGGGAUGGCGGCUUUCUUUCCAGCCAGGAAUCAGCAAGGAAGGGGUUCACCUGUAUUCUCACAGGUGAUCACCUCAAAGCCUGAGGUUGCAAAACACCCAGCAAAAUCCAGAGAAGAAGUAGAAGAGGAGGAUGACUCGGGUGCCAAAGAUGAUCACCAUACUGGACGGCCUGCGCGUACAGAGACGAGUCUCCAGUCUCAAGUUGGAGUGGUGCGUGGACAGAGUAAUGCUGCGGUGGAUUAUCACAACACACCGAAAGUGCAAAGGCUAUCCAUUGAUAAGUCUGGUCCUUCAUCAGUCACAGGAAGGCCCGGCCAAAUGGUAAGACUUCCUUGCAGGUUCUCUGCCAGUUCCUCUGUGAAUGUUGAGUGGAGAAAGGACAGUCAUCCCAUCCCGUCCUCCAGGUACAACCAGGAGCCUGAUGGUACUCUGGUCAUUGAUCCACUUACAGCCCAAGACUCUGGAUGGUUAAUGUGUGUCAUUUCAGAUGGGAGGGAAAGAGACCACCAUUUCAUUCACCUGUCUGUCUCAGAAGAUGCCCGUCCUACGGUGUUACCCUCGAAGCAGCAAGGAGGCAGCUUUGUGUCUGGACAGGCGGUGGACCUUUCUCCUCAGAACACUCCAUCAGUAGUGCCACGGCCAUCACAUCAGGGGUCUCACAGGCAGAUCAUUGAUAAGUCAGGCCCAUCGACGGUGGCAGGAAGACCCGGCCAGACAGUGAAGCUGGCUUGUAAGAUCCCCUCCUCUUCUGAUGUUAUUGUCGAAUGGAAGAAAAACGGCCACCUGCUGACGUCUCCCAGACAUACACAGCAGUCAGAUGGCUCCUUGAUUAUCAGUCAGUUGAGAAGUGAAGAUGCUGGCUCAUACUCCUGCUCAGCCUAUCGUGGAAAGGAGAGAGACUUCCUGCAGCUGCAACUCAAAGUACACGGGGACCUGAAGAUCACAGUCGCUCCAAACAAUGUGCAAGUGUCAGAAGGAAGCAGUACUCAGCUGCCCUGCGUGGUGUCCGGCAACAACGUCAACAUCCAGUGGUCUCGGAAUGGCGCCCCCGUGAGACCCGAUGGAAGGCACGUGCUGGUGUCCCCAGAUGGCGGCCUAAUUCUGAAUAACGUGAAGCCUGCUGACGAGGGCGCCUAUACCUGCAAUGCCUACACGGGGUCCUACUCUGUCAGUGCCAGUGCAGAGAUCAAGGUCAUGAAGCCAUCGCAGCAAGUGCUGCCGUCAUCAGUCAGCAAUCACUUUUGCAUAGACCAGCCUGACCUCGCCAACUGUGACUUGAUCGUCUAUGCCAAGCUCUGCAACAAUGAAUAUUAUUCCAGUUUCUGCUGUGCCAGCUGUUCCAGACCUUCCCCAAGAUCUCGGAAGCACGCGGAAGACGGCAGUAAACAUGCAGAAGAGCAGACAGAGAAAAGUGAGAGGGUCUAGUGAGGAGCCGCCGCCAUGAAGCCAACUUGAUUCCUUCACUUAGACACUAUGAGCCUCCAAUGGCAUUCCAGUAAACCGUGAGUGGGAGACCUGGGUGCAGUCAUCCAGUGGGAAGGGGAUUAUGGGCCAGUAACAGAUGCCUUCAGUGCAGACCUUUUAUUUUGUUUGGUUUUGACGACAUUUAUAAUUCCCAAGCAAGUCUCCUUAUACAUGUCUGCAGGGAGAGUGGGGACUUGCAUGGAGGGGGGUCCUGGCAAAGCACCCAAAAAAAGUCACCAGGUGCAAGUGAAAGGCCACCACUGCUCCAUUUACAGGUUUGAUUGACAUGUGGCACAAUCCUUUGUGUGUCAGCAAACAUAUCAGACAACAGCAGGACUCCACCGGUCCACAUCCACAGAGCUGGUGCUCUCAUUGUACACUUUUCAGAAUAUCUACCUGCAGGCAAGGUACGUAAAACCCCUGUUUUCACUGUCGAUCAACAACCAGUGGGCAGCGAACAGCAGGAAGGCUGCUUCGUAAAAGAAGGUCUCCACAUCCAAAGGUCAAGUAUCACAAAAAACGAAAUGCGACAACAGUGCAGCUGAGCAAACGUCAUUACAAAAGUGCCUGAGACAGGAAACGAGUCCAGCCGUGAGUUUAGUGAACCAUGAUUUUCCUGGUGGAGGGCUGUUGUUUGAAUUUCUCCUUUACUGGUGAAGAUGGAUGUUUCCACUGCAUUCCUUUGCCUCUUGCUCUCUGGCUCCCAGUGAUGGACCCCUGUCUCAUCUCCAGUGACUUUCUUCCCCAAAAUACUCAGAUCUUCUUCUUGAUUUAGGAAUUGGGUCGCAACCUCCAUGUGCAGAUCAGCAAGCUGUUUGAGUACCCGUCUUGACCAAACGUUCUGGUACCACACGUCAUUCUGCACUAUGGCAGGUGCAGAUCCAUAGCUGAUAUCCAAAUGUGCAGCAACAGCAGAGACCAUGCUAUGUUGGUGGUCUUCUGUGAUGAAGGCAUUCACCAAGUCAAUGAGAGAUUGAGUGUGCGAUGCUGAUGGUCCAUCAGCUCAAGCUUUGUCAAUUACACUUGUUUGUCCUGCUUCAGACCAUUCUGCCCAAUCAGAACAUUUUUGUCGAGUUCUGCAUUUUUCAGGUUUCACACCUUCCGCCCAAUGAAAUCUCACUAUGGUGCGACGAUGGACCAUCCCUGUUCAGUUGACCCUGGCUGUGAGUAGAGUAACGGCAGAGUGCUGUGCUGUGCCUGCUCAGACUACCCAUAAGCCAUUGUGAAUGUGUUGUCCAGCACCAUCUUCAGUCCGUUUCCGUGGUUACUACAUCAUUCCCUUUACUUUUGGAUUCGCCAGCAUGUUUGCUGGAGGUCUCAGUCACUGGGUCCUGCAGGUGAGCUCAGUCCUCAGUUUGGUUUUUAGAACGCAGUUGUCUGCCGCUCGUCCUCCAUGACACCUGUAGCAGUUACCUAAUUCGAUUUUUUAUUUUUUGUAAGCAGUGUAAUGACAAAAAUCCAGGGUCUCUAAAUUUGACGUUGUAAACAUUCAUUGAUGCAGUUGCUUCUUUCUAGCAGAACUGUUGCCCCUUGCAAGACCUUUGAAUGUCAGCCUUCAGCUUUGUAUGACAAGGAUUCCAUUUGAAACUGGUUUAUGAAAAGUGCGCCAUUGCUGUGAUACAGGAGAUGGUCAAGAACGUCCCACAGUCCCAAUGAGAACAACAUGCAUGGAAGAGGAGUGAGGCGAUGGACGAAGGAGCGCAGGCUUCAUCCACACCUGAGGCCGCUGGCUUCUAGAUUUGGGGUUAUUCAAACAUGGAGUUAAACGUGUUGUCAUUUUUAAUUGCAGCAUCUCAUAAUGCAGCGUUUCUCAACCACCGUGAGGGUCAUGUUGGGUUGUGGAGUGGGCCGAGGUGGGUUGGCUUCGGUAUUUCCCCACUCCGACAACUGCACUUGACUUAUUAAGGGGGAACCCACUCCUCUGACAAUCGCAUUUGAUUAGGACGGCCUUCCAUUGGUGGGCUGCAAAAACGCUUGUGUUGGGGAAAAUAAUAAAUAAGUGGGUCAUGAGACCAGAAAGGUUGAGAAACUCUGCCAUAAUGGAUAUGCACCUCGAAAGACCCCCUUAGCCUGAGUGUAAAUAAUAGCAAAUAUAAAAAGAUGCCAUGAAAUGUCUUCUCUCCCUGAGCUCUUCGGUUUGGAAUACAAACUGGAAUGUGCCACGUCUGGCCAUUAAAAAGAGACCAUUUAAACAGAACAUCGAACACUGGACGAGAAAGGGAUGCAGGUGUUUGAUUUGCUGGGGGUCAGGCUGUUUUUUUUAACAGCUAAUCCUUCUUCACGGAACAGUUAGGACCACCCAAGUCUGAUGACAAUGUCAGCCAUUGCAGGUGGGACUGUCUGGCUCUACUUUGUACCGCAUGUAGUGUGCUUUGGAUUGUGUUUUCUGUACAAAUGUUGCAUCAUGUAUUUAAAUUCUGCUGUGGCUCAAGAGGAACAUUCUUCACUAAAUAAACAGGGCAUUGUAAGCUUUGGCUCAGGUGGUCUUGGACUUGUCUCCUUCCAGCUACAGAUCUUUUAAAUAAAACUGUCCUAUGCUGAUACA